AGCCUCCUGGCGAAGGGCAGAUACGACCAGGAAGCAAAGAGAGAGUGAAAGAAGAUCACUCUAUAAGACCCCCUCGCCACGCCAUGAAAGCUUAAGAUAACAAAGGAGGACCGAUUUGUUAAGGAUAAUUGAGACGGGGGGGCAAAACGAAAAAAGAGCUCGCUUGCAAUCAUGGCAGGGCGAAGGCAGCAGCAGGCCAUGAAGCACGCGGCGCACCGCCUCUUCGCAUCACCGGCCGCCAUCGCCGCCUCCGGAACAGACGCCGACGAGUUCGACGAGUCCGACGUCUGGGGAUGCCCUGUCGAGCCGCGCCGCGCCGAGCUGUCCAAGCUGGUGCCCUCCCCUGCGUGGAAGAAGAGUGACCCCGAGGGAGGAGAUCGCACCGCCGCCUCCUCUCUGCCGGUGGAAAUACCGGACUGGCCCAAGAUACUCGGAAACUGCACCCGAAGCAGCCACAGCAGCACCAGGGGUUGGUGGGAGGAGCAGGCGGAUGACGACGACGAGGGGAGCGCGGCGGCGGGGCAGGUGGUCCCGCCUCACGAGCUGCUGCGGCGGGGCCUGGUGGCCUCGUUCUCCGUCCACGAGGGAGUCGGCCGGACCCUCAAGGGCCGCGACCUCAGCCGGGUUCGCGAUGCCAUAUGGGAGAAGACCGGUUUCCAGGACUGACAUCUGACUUCCACCAUGAAUGCCACUCUAUCUUGUCUUCCCUUAGCGAGAAGAAAUGCAAAGAGACACAGAGAAAAUGGAGAAAUCAUUGUCUUUUUUGCUUGGUUUUUGUCACCAAAAACAAAGAAUCUCUAUAAAUAUAAAAUGAUU